CCGGGCUGGGCUGCCAGUGGAGAUAAAAAGUGCCUGGAAGAUCUCAGGAACCACUGGCCUGUGCUUAGAGCCCCAGGCCCCAGUAGCCCCGUGCGAGCCCUUGGAUCUGGUACCCACCUCUUGAUAUGAGUGCCGCUGAGGUUUUUCGAGGCCCCAGGCCCAACCCUGGGCUGCUGCUUCUGGGCCUGUUGUUUCUGCCUGCUGCGAUUGCCAUCACCAGUGCUACUCCUGAAGAAGGCGAUGGAGGUCUUCACUGUGUGUGUGUGAAGACCGUCUCCUCUGGGAUCCACCCUAAGCAUAUCACCGCUCUGGAGGUGAUCAAGGCAGGACGCCACUGUGCGGUUCCCCAGCUCAUAGCCACUCUGAAGAACGGGAGGAAAAUUUGCCUGGACAAGCAAGCACCCCUAUAUAAGAAAGUAAUCAAGAAACUCCUGGAGAGCUAGGUUCUAACUGCCUAAAUCUGCAUUGUGUUGUGUGGGAUGCUGGAGUCUUGGCUAUUUCAAUCUAAUGGCAACCUUUUAAUGUUUAUAUUAUCCUUUGAGACUAAAUAAAUGCAUUGAACCAAA